GAAUUGUAUCUCCAUCAUGUCUUUCUUCUCCAGCCCAGCUCGUGUCUCUCUCAUUCCCCUUCCGCUUCGAUUGCAGCCUCUCCGUUUCCAGGCACUCAACAGUCUCAUCAUUCCCUUUUGACGUGUUUCAAUUCCACCAUGAAGCUUAAUCUUCUCCUCACCGUCCUGUCUGCCAGUCUGGCUGCGGCUGCCCCCGUCUCCCCUCGACCUGUCGCUCAUAACGAGAAGAGAAACACCCCUCUCAACACUAUACUCACCAUAAUCCUAAACCAUCUUCCAGCAGUGAAUGGUGCAAUCGAAGUGGUUGAAAGUGUCAUCACCGACUUCCAGAACCUCGUCUCGGAACUCACUGGCAUCAGUGAUACUUACAAUGAAUUAGGUGGUGCUUGCACUGACUACACUGUCAUUUACGCCCGAGGAACAGAUGAUCCAGGAAACGUAGGAGUCAUCACCGGUCCGCCAUUUUUCAUGGCACUAGAAGCUCUUGUAGGGUCUUCUAAGGUCACCGUUCAAGGUGUAAAUAACUACGCAGCUAGCGUAGCAACAUUCCUCGCUGGCGGCGAUCCUGUUGGAAGUUCUUCAAUGGCAUCAGAAAUUGAAGCCGUGUACGCAGCAUGUCCAAACACAAAUCUUGUGGCAUCCGGCUAUUCUCAAGGAGGCCAAGUUGUACAUAACGCACUUGCAUUACUUCCUGCAGCAACUGUGGAAUGGAUUAGCUCUGUCGUAAUCUUCGGUGAUCCAGAUAACGGUCAAGCCAUUCCAAACAUGGAUGCAUCAAAAGUGGACACAAUCUGCCAUACUGGUGAUAACAUCUGUGAAGCAGGGGACAUAAUUCUUCCAGCUCACUUAACUUACGGGGAGAAUGCAGCCGCAGCUGCGGCAUUUGUUGUUGCUCACGCUUCUGCAUGAACUGUGGAGUGUUAAAUCAAAUCACGCAAUUUUGACGACAUAUGAUGAAGGUGACGAUGAUGAUGAAAAGAUACCCCAAGUAGCAGGAUUUGCGAGAUGACUUUGACUCUAUGAUUAAAAGUCCUACCAAAUGUUUGAAUGUGGGUUGGAAAGGCUCGUGGUGUCAGCAGUGCAUUUUGGGGAUAGUUUUGUUGUUCAUGGCGUUUGGUAGCCUAAAAAGCUUGGAUAUGCUGCGGUUACUGGUAUAGUCGCGCAUAAUAAUGAAUAAAUUUAUACCCGC